AUGGACGAUGGCACUCCACGACUAGCAAACACGCUGCCUUGGCGGAAGAAAGCCAUCUUUGCCCUGCGCAAGGCGGAUUGGCCUGCUUUUUCAUUGUUGUGUGAAACCCUCCUUGCCACCGCGUCCACAUGGUUGGAUCCUCGCGGAGGCAUCUUACGAACAGCUGAGCGCCAUAUCCCGCGCGGCAGCCGUGACAGCUCCAAAAAGAUAUGGACCCACGAAAUGGAACAGGCCGAGUUCGCCGCCGAAGCAGCACACGAAGCACACACAUUGCCUCACCCGGAGACUGCCCGCUUUGAGCCGAAUGUACCCGAAAAAGGGAGGAACGAAAUCAAGCCUUACGCCGUUGCUCCGCUGUGCUUCUGGAAGCCCGUGCGAAAAGACUUGGAGCCUCACCCAGCCCGAGGUGGCAGUAUCUUCACGGCGUGGCGGCGCCGCACCCUCAUCCUUUGGAAUCGGUUGUGCUCCGCACUUAUCUUGGCCGCAUAUGCGCCCUGCCUCGGCAACAGGCAAACCUGCUUGUCCGUCAUUUUGUGCGGUUUCACGUGCCAUACUGCCUUAUACUGCUGCCGCUGCUCGCUGCACUCCUUUGGUUCCUGGUGGCUGGGAAAUGGAUCGACCUUUCCUGCCGCAUGA